ACCACCAACACUACCACCACCACAAUCACAAUCACCAUCACCACCAACACUACCACCACCACAAUCACCAUCUUUACCACCACCACCACCAAUAAAAGCAUUGCAACAAAGCCAUCUAACCACCUCUACCAGAAACACUACCAUCACCACAAUCACCAUCCCAACACCACCAUCACCAUCACCAACACUCCAUCACCACAAUCACCAUCUUUGCUACCUCCAACAGCAGCCCAACCAUCACUACAAUCUCCACCUCCUGCAACACUGCAAUCAGCACAACAACCAUCUUCAUCACCUCCACUAGCAACACUASCAACUCAAAUCACACCAUAUUUAUCCUCUCCAUUUGCAGCAUUACCAUUAGUGCAGUUAUCAUUUUCAUCUCUUUACUAACAUUACUACAAUUCCAUGUGCUUAGAUAUCUAAGAUGAACCACACAAUUAAUUCAAAGAGCUUUAUUAAAACCCAAAAGUAACCAAUCAA